CUGUAGGUGAGAUUUUUUCAAUUGUCCAUUUUAUAAAGAUAGUUUGGUGCGCGCACGGCACAGACGGUGCGACGGUGCCGGUUGGUGUCCACGGUUCGAUUCUCAGUGUUCAAGUUGAUAAGUUAUUUACUUUGAAAUUACUAAAGAUGGCACCAACCACAGUACCAGAGGACAGGCUGACCUCCGGCCACCGGCUCUCGCACCCCGCACCAGGAGAUGAGGUCUACAUCACCGGCAUGUCCGGCUACUUCCCGGACUCAGACUCCGUCAAGCAUCUGCAAGAGAACUUGUUUAAUAAGGUCGACUUGAUCUCCGGCGACGACAGACGCUGGAAGCUGGCUCAUCCUGAGAUCCCGCAGCGUACCGGCAAGAUCAACUACGUAAACAAGUUUGAUGCGUCCUUCUUCGGCGUGCAUUAUAAGCAAGCACACACCAUGGAUCCCAUGUGCAGGAUCCUACUGGAGAAGGCUUAUGAAGCCGUCGUUGAUGCCGGCUUGAACCCCAAGGAACUGCGCGACACCAAAACUGGUGUCUUCGUCGGAGCAUGUUUCUCGGAAUCUGAGAAGACCUGGUUCUACGAGAAGAUGCAGGUCAACGGGUUUGGUAUCACCGGUUGCUCCCGUGCUAUGCUGGCGAACCGCAUCUCCUACUGGCUGGGUGUCACCGGUCCCUCCUACACCGUCGACUCAGCUUGCUCGAGCUCUUUAUACGCGCUGGAACAUGCGUUUAGAGCCAUCCGUGACGGACACUGCGACGCAGCCAUCGUGGGAGGUUCCAACCUGUGCCUCCAUCCUUACGUGUCACUGCAAUUCUCCAGAUUGGGCGUGUUGUCUCCGGAUGGAAAGUGCAAAAGUUUCGACGCCAGCGCCAACGGCUACGCUCGCUCCGAAGCCGUCGCGGUUUGCUUCCUGCAGAAAGCCAAGGACUCCAGGAGGGUAUACGCGCAACUGCUGCAUGCCAAGACCAACUGCGACGGGUACAAGGAGCAGGGUAUUACGUACCCCGCUGGCCAUAUCCAGAAGUUGCUCCUGAGCGAGUUCUACGAGGAGUGCUCCAUUCCACCUUCCAGUUUGGAGUUCAUCGAAGCUCAUGGAACUGGUACUCGCGUGGGAGACCCUGAGGAGUUGUUGGCUAUCGACGAGAUCUUCUGCACCGGACGGUCGGAACCCCUGCUCAUUGGCUCCGUCAAGUCGAACCUGGGACACACUGAACCGGCAUCUGGCCUGUGCUCCAUUGCCAAGAUGUGCAUAGCUUACGGCACCGGCCUCAUACCUCCCAACCUCAACUUCUCGAAGCCAAGAGAUGGUGUGGCGGCGUUAGCUGAAGGUAGACUGAAGGUGGUCACAGACAAGACCCCCUGGAACAAGGGUAUGGCCGGCGUCAACAGCUUCGGCUUCGGCGGUGCCAACGCUCACGUGUUGCUCAAGAACGUCGGAAGGGAAAAGGUUAACCAUGGAAUGCCAUCGGAUGAUCUGCCUCGUCUCGUGUGCGUAUCAGGCCGCACGGAAUCAGCUGUGGCCAAGAUCCUAGAUGACCUGGAGACCAGGCCGGUCGACACGGAAUUGAUCAGGCUCUACCACGCCAUACAUGACGAGGACAUCAUCGGACAUGUCGUUAGGGGAUAUUCUUUACUUGAAUCCACUCCGGACAAGGCGGUAUCUUUGGCACGCGAGAUGCAAUACUUCUCCGGUGUGAAGAGGCCCGUGUGGUUCGUGUACUCGGGAAUGGGCUCGCAGUGGGCGGGGAUGGCCACGCAGCUCAUGAGGAUACCAGUCUUUGCUGCUGCCAUCGAAAGGUGUCACAAAACCCUCAAACCUAAAGGCAUCAACCUCACAAAGAUUGUGACCGACCCAGACCCCAGCAUCUACGACAACAUCCUCAACUCCUUCGUUGGCAUCGCCGCCGUCCAGAUCGGUCUCACCGAUGUCCUGAAGACGAUUGGCAUUGAACCGGACUACAUCAUCGGUCACAGCGUAGGAGAACUAGGAUGCGCGUACGCCGAUGGAUGCUUCACUGCCGAACAGAUGAUUCUGGCUGCUUACUACCGAGGCUUAGCCUCCGUUGAAACGCAUUUCAUCAAAGGCUCUAUGGCUGCAGUUGGUUUAGGGUACUCUCAGAUCAAAACAAUGUGCCCACCCGAGAUAGAAGUGGCUUGCCGCAAUGCCCCAGAUUCCAGCACUAUCUCCGGGCCAGCGGAUAUCAUGAAAAAUUUCGUCGCCAUGCUUUUAGCGCAAGGAAUAUUCGCCAAGGAAGUGCCUUGCUCGAAUAUCGCCUACCAUUCGCGCUACAUCGCCGAAGCUGGUCCCAAGCUACUGAAGUACCUGAAAGAAGUGAUUCCAACACCCAAGAAGCGUUCGGAUCGCUGGAUGUGCACUUCACUGCCUCAGGCGCUGUGGAAAGAUGCCAGGGCACAAUAUUCCUCGGCGGAAUAUCACACUAACAACCUUUUGAGUCCAGUGCUAUUCGAAGAGACUUCUCGACUGAUCCAUCAGAACGCUAUCACGAUAGAGAUCGCACCACACGGACUGCUGCAGGCCAUUCUUAGGCGUUCGCUGAAGAAGGACGUCAUCAAUAUACCUCUCACCCACAAAAAUAGCAAGGACAACAUCCAAGUGGUUUUCAACGCUAUCGGAAAGUUGUACGAAGCAGGAUUGAACCCGCAUCUAGCGAACAUCUACCCGCAGGUGCCGUUCCCUGUAUCGAAUAGCACUCCCAUGAUCUCGCAUUUGGUAGAAUGGGAACACAGCGAAGAUUGGUAUGUGACGUCAUACAGAGCUCAAGAGAAGAUGAAAUCUGGUGAGAGGACGGUGAGGAUGUCCAUUGUCGACGAGGACAGCGAAUACAUGGCAGGCCACGUGGUUGAUGGAAGGAACCUUUACCCAGCCACUGGGUACUUGGUCUUGGUAUGGGAGACCUUGGGUAUGAUGAUGGGAGAGCUGUACACCGAGGUGUCAGUGGUGUUCGAGAACGUUCGCUUCCAGAGAGCCACCAACAUUCCCAAGGAUGGGAACUUGGAGUUCAUCGUGAUGAUCCAAAAGGGAAGCGGGAACUUCGAAAUCGUAGAGAGCGGAGCGUCCAUCGUCACCGGUCGCAUUUACGCCAAGAAGAACGUGGGUCAAGACUACCGAGUGCUGCCGCCUAUGCCCGAAGCCACAGGGCCCAACAUCAAGCAUAUGCUCACCAAAGACUUUUACAAGGAACUCAGAUUAAGGGGAUAUCAGUACAACGGUCUUUUCCGCGGCGUGAUCGGCUGCAACAUUGAAGGCACUCGUGGCCGCCUCGCCUGGGUCAACAACUGGGUCACCUUCAUGGACUGCAUGCUGCAGCUCAAGAUUAUCGGCCAAGACACCAGGGGCCUGUUCGUCCCCACCAGGGUCGAGAAGCUCUCCAUCGACGCCAACAUGCACUACAAUGCCAUUUCCAAAAUGAGCGCGGAUUCUAGCAAGCACUCCUUCGAAGUCCGCGUUUAUCCAGACGUAGAUGUCAUUAGGGCUGGUGGUGUCGAAAUCCGUGGCCUUCAUGCUACACCUAUAUCAAAGAGGAAUCCACUCGGUGUACCUGUGCUCGAGAAGAACGUAUUCGUAUCCAACUUUGGAACUGAUAAAAUGAAGAUGGAAGACAUUCUCCGAGCGAACCUUCAGCUGGUACUCGAAAAUGUGCAAACUUUCAAAGUGAAAAGUAUAGAGUACAUAGAUGAGGAGUACAAGACGAACAAACUGGCGCCGAUCACGGUGGAAGUGGGUCUAGUAUUGGAGGAUAUGCCACUGAUGCAAGCUGAACUACUGAUUGUGUCCGAAGAGACGUUUGAAGAUUUACCUUCUAAUGUCACUGUUGAAAAUAAGAAGCUGACGGGCGAGUCCAACGCCGUAGUGUUCAUCGGGGCUAACCUUCUGAAGAGAGUUGACGUUCUGCAACAAGGUAUAGCAACACUUCGCGACAAAUGCUUCAUUAUCAGCAGAGAGAAGGAUCGUCCGGACCCCAAACGGUACUCGGAUAAAUAUGACAUCGUUUCCGUCCAUAACACUGGAGACGAAUACAUAGUCCUUCUUAGAAAGAGGGUAGGAGCAAGACCUGCCAAAUUCGUAAAAGUCGCCACGACUGAUUCUUCGUACAGUUGGAUAGAUAAAGUUAAAGAAGAACUCAAGGAAGGACAAAAACUGGUUCUUUAUACCGAGAAUGAGCCCCUCAAUGGUCUUCUUGGUCUAGUGAAUUGUCUUCGAAGGGAGCCUGGAGGAGAGAUCGUGUAUGGAAUGCUGAUCGCUGAUCCUUCGGCACCACCCUUCAACCCUGACUUGGAGCUGUAUGAGGAACAAUUGGACAAGGACUUGGCUAUCAACAUUUACCAAGACGGUCAAUGGGGAACAUAUCGCCAUUUACUACUAGGUGACCUGGACACAGUUAUGGCUCAACACGCUUUCGUGAACGUCACCACCGUCGGAGACCUGUCGUCUCUGAAAUGGCUCGAGGGACCGAUAAGGCCGAACCAGGUCUUCAAGAAUCCAGAGGCCGAGCUCUUGCAUGUGUAUUGUUCCGCGCUGAACUUCCGUGACGUGAUGACGGCGACGGGCCGCGUGACAGUGGACGCGGUGGCGCGAGGCCGUCUGGCGCAGGAGUGCGUACAGGGAUUCGAGGUCGUAGGAAGAACCGCCAAUGGUUCCCGCGUGAUGGCCAUGGUGCAGAACAGCGGAUGCGCCAACAUGGUUGAGGGCGACCGGGCGCUCAUGUGGUGCAUCCCAGAUGAGUGGAGCUUCGAGGAGGCGGCCACCGUCCCAGUCGCGUACGGCACCGUCUACUACGCUAUGGUAAUGAUCGGUCAGAUGCAGCGAGGCGAAUCGAUUUUAAUUCACGCUGGCUCAGGAGGCGUCGGACAAGCUGCCAUUAAUGUAGCUCUGUCCUACGGUUGCGAGGUGUUCACCACUGUGGGUACUGCUGAGAAGAGGUCCUUUAUCAAGAAGCUGUUCCCGCAGCUCAAGGAUAGCCACAUUGGCAACUCCCGUGACACCUCGUUCGAAGACAUGAUCCGCCGCGAAACUAAAGGCAAAGGCGUCGACAUGGUGCUCAACUCGCUGUCUGAUGAGAAACUUCAGGCAUCAGUCCGGUGUCUCUGCUACCGCGGUCGUUUCCUAGAGAUCGGCAAAUUUGACAUUAGCAACAACACGCCCAUCGGAAUGUACUUCUUCCUCAAGGAGACCUCCUUCCACGGCAUUAUGUUGGACUACAUCUUCGAGCAAAGCUACGAAUUUAGGGCGAGGCUACAAGACCUACUUCUGUCUGGUAUUGAGUGUGGAGCGGUGCGUCCUCUAACGUACUGCGUUUUCGAGAAGAACCAGAUAGAAGCCGCUUUCCGCUACAUGGCGGCGGGCAAGCAUAUUGGCAAGGUGAUCAUCAAGAUACGCGACGAGGAGCCCAGUCGCGCGCCGGUCAAACCAGUAGUUACACCCGUCGAAGCUGUUCCAAGAUACACCUGCAAUGAAGACCUGGUAUACGUGAUAGUGGGUGGCCUUGGUGGAUUUGGACUUGAACUGGCCGACUGGCUGAUCUUGAGAGGCGCUAGGAAGAUCCUUCUAACAUCUCGCAGGGGCGUCAGCAACGGAUACCAGGCUAGCAGGCUCAGGGCGUGGGCCGGCUACGGCGCUGACGUCAGAAUUUCCACUCAUGACGUCACCACCGAAAGCGGCUGCGAGGAAAUGCUCCUCAUGGCCAAAUCCAUGGGCCCAGUGGAUGCCAUCUUCAACCUUGCCGUCAUCCUGAAGGACGCCAUGUUCACGAACCAGAGCCCGGAGUCGUUCAAGACUUCGUUCGAGCCGAAGGCGCUAGCGACAAUCAACUUGGAUAAAAUCUCAAAGAAGCAUUGCCCGGGUUUAAGGAACUUUGUAGUGUUCUCGUCAGUGUCCUGCGGUCGCGGUAACGCCGGUCAGACCAACUACGGCUUCUCUAACUCCGUGAUGGAGAGAAUCUGCGAGUGGAGGAAGAAAUUAGGCUUACCAGCCCUUGCCAUACAGUGGGGUGCCGUUGGAGAUGUGGGUCUAGUAGCUGACAUGCAAGACGAAGAUGUCCAGCUAGAGAUCGGUGGCACUCUUCAGCAAAGAAUCUCUUCGUGCCUUCUGGCCUUGGACAAGUUCAUGAAGCAAGACGCUCCCGUAGUUUCAUCUGUGGUUGUCGCCGAAAAGAAAGCAGGAGGAUCCGGCUGCGGAAAUAUAGUCGAUGCCGUGGCUCAGAUUAUGGGUAUCAAGGACCUGAAGACAGUGUCCCAGCAGGUGUCCCUGGCCGAGUUGGGCAUGGACAGUAUGAUGGCGGUGGAGAUCAAACAGACCCUCGAGAGAGAGUUCGAGAUCUUCCUCACCGCACAGGACAUCAGAACGCUCACAUUUGCAAGAUUGGUUGAGCUGACGGCGCAGCGUGAAGAAGCGGCGUCGACGUCAGCGUCGCGAGCGGUGGCCGGCGACGGUGGGGCGGGCGCCGGAUUGCGCGUGCUCAUGAGGAACUUUGGCGAUGAACAACUGGUCUCUGAGCCGCUCGUGUACAUGCCUACUAUGGUCAGCGAUGGAGUAGAGGGCGAGGAAGCGAUCCGCGUGAUGGAGAACGUGAUGUUCGUUCUACCAGGGUUAGAAGGGGCAGCCGCCAUGAUGGAACCUCUAUGUCGCCGCCUCAAGAUCAAGGUGUGUGGCCUUCAACUUGGCGUCGAGCACAAGAACGAAGACCUGGAACAGAUGGUGGACAGGCUGUAUCAGACGGUGCGUUCCAGAUUAGCUCCAGGUGCAAACUUCUGGAUCCUUGGCUACAGUUUCGGCUCUUUACUGGCCCUUGAGCUAGCCGCUAAAUUAGAAGGCGAAGGCAACAGGGGCACCGUGUUCUGCUUAGACGGCGCUCCCGACUUCCUCUACGCAAUACUCACUAUGUCCAUUAGCUUCAAGAACGAGUUCCAACUGCAGAACAGUCUGAUCUGCCACACGAUUGACGUCGUCUCCCCCAACAAUGACGUCACCCAAACCCUCAUGCAGAAGCUCAACGAGAUGGAGUCAUUCGACGAAAGAGUCUCGUACGGCAUCGAGCAGUCGCCCGUGCAAAGCAAAUACUCCAAGAAAUUCAUGGCCGACAUCGCCACGUGCAGCAUUGACAGACUCAAAGUAAUUCUGAACUUCGAUAUGAAGAAUAUCAAGAAGCUGAAAUCCCCCAUCAUCCUCCUGCGUCCGAAAGACAACCCGCCCAAUGUUGUCGUCGAGGAAAACUACGGUUUGGACAAGUACACUGAACACGGUGUCACUGUCCACUUCUUGGAAGGAAACCAUGUUACUAUUGUUGAAAAUAAGGAUGCAGCCAAUAUUAUCAAUAGAACUCUCCUCGAAAAUGACCCACAGAAAGCGAAACCGACUGAAAAUAUUGUCACUAACCUGAUAGAUACCCAUCGCCAAGUCGAAGUGUAAAAAGAAAUAUUAUUUUUAAUACGGUUGUUCUUUAAAGAUAUUUCUUCGCAUUUGUCAAAUUUGUGAUUGGAUGAGUUGUAUUUAUUUAUUUAUGUUAAAAGGGGAAGUUUAGCUUGUAGGUAUUAAGUAAUAAUUAAGUGGCCGCAUAAAUUGAUAAACUUAGUGACUAAUUCGUAAGUGAGAUAAGUUAUUUGUUAAGUUGUCUUACAGACACCAGUACCAAAAUAAAAUAUUCAAUAUUUAAAAUUAAUUCGGGUAUACUAGGGGGUCGGGGGAGUAAAGCUUUUUUUACGUUGGUAUUGUUUUAGAUUUUAUAUUAUUGUGAUGUUGUUGACUAGAAUAGACUUACUUUAAAUCAUGGGACUGAAAAUAUAUUUUUGUGUGGAUUUAAAAGAAAAUAUUUUAUUAUUU